AUGGAAGAGGCUAGGUCGCCAGAAGGCCAGCGAGUGACGACCGCUGCGGGCGUCCUCGGGUGGAUUAAGCUCGCGUUAUGUCCCUGCCGGCUUGGUACUCUGCGGGGAGGACUGGGGGCAAGCAAGCUGGCUUCGAAGGUCCCAGUGCUGCUGUCUGUCGCGGUGGUCGUCGACGGGGCCAAAGACAGAGACGGGAGCUGCCAGCCGUUCACCCUGCUUGAGCGUCAGAUUAGAGCGAUACUCCUCCUGAUCCCGGCGAUCGGAACAUUUUCCCAGUCCAGAUGCGUACUGCGGCGUAUCAGCCUGGUACAGUAUCUCGACUGGGGCCUGCCCAGCCAGUUUCCACUGCGGUGGCUGGCUAGCGCGCUUAUGUUUUAA